UGUGCCGCGACAAAGCGAGAAUAUACAUCAUUAUCGUCGGAGUCGGAACGCCGAUGAAGCUCUAUCUAUUGAGUUAUAAUGCGUGAUAAGUAAUCUAUGUUGGACAGAAUUUCUCGUGGCAAUUGGUCGUUAAAGUUUAACCGCAUAUUAAGAUACCCAUUUCUCUUCUUCCCACUCUAGGUAGCUUUUUCAUUUCUAACAAGUCCUGUUGCAAUUGGGAUUGCGUUGGUCUUGUACUUAACUUCAACUUGGUAACAAUUACCUCUACCUUCUCUUCGACAUGUCGUCCGCACCGAGGACUCCCGGCCUCGCGAGGGCAUUACAGAGCUCUAGUCUAUCCUCUAGAGUCUGUUCAAGAUGCUUGCCAAUUCUCCAGUCUCCGAGAAAUGCCAGAGCAUUGAGUACGACCAAUGCUAGACGGACGUUGGCUGCUUUCAAGAUACCAAAAGUAUCUAAUGAGCCAAAUCACAUAUAUGCGAAGGGCUCGGCGCAACGAGAGGGUCUAUUAGCUGCAGUUGCCGCUCAACAGAAGAAGGGCGCCAUAGAAAUACCGCUCAUAAUAGGAGGCAAAGAGAUCAAAUCAUCACGAAGAUCUACCCAAUACAACCCUUCCGACCACUCAACCGCGAUAGCGAACUACUCCCUCGCUGGCCCAUCCGACGUCAAUACAGCUAUCAAAACAGCCUUAGCCGCCAAACCGGCAUGGGAAAACCUCCCUUUCGCCGAUAGAGCGGCUGUCUUCCUCAAAGCUGCCGAUCUGAUCUCUACGAAGUAUCGAUACGAGCUCAUGGCCACGACUAUUCUUGGUCAGGGCAAGAACGCGUGGCAAGCCGAGAUCGACGCUGCGGCAGAACUCUGCGAUUUCUUCCGCUUCAACGUCCAGUACGCGGAAGAGCUAUACGCGCAACAGCCUGCUCACAACUCACCUGGCCUGUGGAACCGUUCGGAGUACCGACCCCUUGAAGGCUUCGUGUACGCUGUUAGCCCCUUCAACUUUACCGCGAUUGGCGGCAAUCUCGCCGGUGUACCAGCACUCCUAGGAAACGUAGUGAUCUGGAAGCCGUCCGACUCCGCCGUAACGGCAGGCCACCUCGUCCACAAAAUCCUACUCGAAGCGGGAUUACCCGAGAAUGUGAUCCAGUUUGUGCCUGGCAACCCGGUUGAAGUAACGGAGACGGUGCUCGCGCAUAAGCAAUUCGCGGCACUUCACUAUACCGGCAGCACGGCUGUCUUCCGCCAGUUGUUUGGACAGAUUGGACAAGGCGUCGCCCAAGGCCGAUACGCCGGGUACCCUCGCAUCGUCGGCGAGACCGGCGGCAAGAACUUCCACCUCAUCCACUCGUCCGCCGACAUCCAGAACGCAGUCGUUCACACUGUGCGCGGCGCCUUCGAGUACUCAGGUCAGAAGUGUAGCGCCACCAGCCGCGUAUACGUAGCUAAGUCAAUCUGGCCUGAAUUCAAAGCGCAACUGGUCGAGGAGACAAACAAGCUACAGGUCGGCGCGCCAUGGGACCCCAAGACGUUCAUCGGCCCCGUGAUCCACGAGCCUAGCUUCAAAAAGCUAAGCGGGGUCAUCGAUGCCGCGAAGAAGGACCCCGAACUGGAGCUGCUGGCAGGUGGUAAGUAUGACGGAUCAAAGGGGUACUUCAUCCACCCGACCGUGUACCAGACCACGAACCCGACACAUAAGCUCCUCAGCACGGAACUCUUCGGCCCGAUCCUCACGGUGUACGUGUACGAUGACGUGAAAGGCGGCCCCGAACACGCCUUCGCCGAGGCGUGCAAGCUCGUCGACGCCACGAGCGAGUACGGCCUCACAGGCGCCGUGUUCGCUAGCGAUCGCCUGGCGAUCCGCGCCGCGGAGGAAGCGCUUAGGAACGCCGCGGGAAACUUCUAUGUUAAUUGUAAGAGCACCGGGGCGGUGGUUGGACAGCAGCCGUUUGGUGGGGCGAGGGCGAGUGGUACGAAUGAUAAGGCGGGGAGUGUGAAUAUUGUUAGUCGGUUCGUUAGUGUGAGGAGUAUUAAGGAGGAGUUCUUGCCGAGCUUGGAGGUUGGGUAUCCUAGUAAUGAGGUUUAGGGGGUGGAGAUGGGAAAUCGCUAGGGGUUUACUCUAUUUAGGGGGCGAGGAAAUGGGGGUCGGGUUGAUGACUUGACCUAGAAUUCCGGGUUGUUAACCACGGAUGGAUUAUGAUACUGAUGCAUUUACAUGGUUAAGGGUGUCAGUUAUCUUAGUCACUAAAUAUGGUAUAAGAUACAGAAUGCAAACUCAUGAUAUAAUGAUAGAUAUUGGUCC